UGGAAGUCAUCGCCACCGACUAAACCACCAAUUGAUGGUAUUGCGCAGUGGAGCGCCAAAGCUUCAGUUUCUAAUUCUGGGAAUUGAUCAAUUAGAAGAGCAUUCAAUUUGAACACAAAAUCCCGCCCGAGAUCAUGUGAUUGCGCGAGGAACUGGACCUGGAGCAGCUGCAUCAUCAGGCUGGCUGAUGGGAAACCCUUAACGCACCGCUUGUCUGUGCGUUGCCUAGGUGAAUUUUUGUUUACCGCAGAGAACAGUUGCUCUGCUUCUCCGAUUAGGCGCACCUCAUCAAGUGAGCGAGCGAUUUUUCGCAAAAACAGCUCGUGGAAAAUAAUUCAGUUUUCUUCAUUCCGCCGCCGACGACGCAAGCGUUCGGUUGUGUGCUCGCUCGAGAGGUCUCCACCCGACCACUGAUUCGCGCGAUUCUCGAGUCGGCUUCAUCGGAUUUCCAGUCUUCAAGUGAAUCGCACGCCUGCCUGCAGCGACUGGAGUUCCGGCUUACAAGCAGCUCUCGCCAUCCAAUCCUAGCCAGCAACCAUGGCUGAGAAUGAACCACUGAACGACCUGCAGAGCCAGGUGAAUGGUCGCAUCCUGCCCGCCGCCAAUGGACACACUGCAUCCGCGACCAACGGAUUGGUGCAUGCGAACGGCAAGGAUGCGCUAAAGCCGUCUGCUCCCGCCCAGAAUGGGAAUGGAAACGCGAACGGGACACACAUCGAGGCGCCCUGCUGUCGGGACAUACACGGCAAGGAGCCACCGGACGGAGGAGCACGCGCCUGGCUGGUCAUGGUGAGCGCCUUCCUCUGCAACGGCAUCAUCUUUGGGUUCAUCAACACCUACGGCGUCAUCCAUUCGCUGCUGACGGAUAGGCUUACGAAGCUCGGCGAUCCGGAGGCGUCCAGCAAAGCGGCUCUGAUUGGCGCCCUGGCCAUCGGCACCACAUUCCUCUUCUCCACAAUGGCUGGCUGCCUGACGGACAAAAUUGGCCUGAGGCUGACCACCUUCGCCGGCGGAGUCCUCUCCGCGGGAGGACUGCUGUUGUCCUCGUUUUGCACGGAGAACAUCGGCGCCCUGUACUUCACCUACGGCAUCAUGUUCGGCCUGGGCGCCGCCCUUGCCUACACGCCCACAUUGGCCAUCCUGGGCCACUACUUCAAGCGGUACCUGGGCAAGGUGAGUGGCUUCGUGACCGCCGGCUCCAGCGUUUUCACUGUGAUACUGCCGCCCUGUCUGGACAAGCUACUGGCUGGCUAUGGUCUGGAGGGAACCCUGCGGAUAAUGAGCCUCGUUUCCGCCUUUAUUAUCCUCUGCUCCUUCGUGUACAAGCCACUGCAUCCGCCACCGGAGCCGCCGAAGAAGAAGCCCGGCAGAUCGCGCAUCAAUCUCUUCCUGCGCUCCAUCAUCAACGUGGAGAUCUGGAAGCGUAAACGCUUCGUCAUCUGGGCACUUUGUGUGCCGCUCGCCUUGUUCGGCUACUUUGUGCCCUAUGUGCACAUGAUGCAGUUCGUGAAAACCACUUUUCCGGGCGAGGAUGUCAACCUGCCGGUCAUGUGUAUCGGCAUCACCUCCGGCAUUGGGCGUCUGAUCUUCGGCGUCAUUGCCGAUAUGCCGGGUGUGAACCGCAUGUACCUGCAACAGCUGUCCUUGGUGUCCAUUGGCCUGGUCACCUUGCUGCUGCCGCUCACCAACUCGUACGUCAUCCUCGUCUCGUUCACCCUGGUCAUGGGUCUCUUCGACGGCUGCUUUAUUUCGUUGCUGGGACCAAUCGCCUACGAGAUCUGUGGCCCCUCGGGCGCCACACAGGCCAUCGGCUUCCUGCUGGGCCUCAGCUCCAUUCCGCUCACAGUGGGUCCACCAGUGGCGGGCAUGAUCUUCGACAGCACGAACUCCUACACAUUGCCGCUCAUCCUCGCCGGACUGCCCCCGCUGCUCGGCUCCUCGCUUUUGUUCCUGAUCAAGUGCGUCAAGGAGGAGGAGAACGGGGUCAGUGCGCCGCGAGCGGUGGUAAUGGCCAAUGGAGACAUCGAGAUUGCCGGCAACGGCCAUUAUCGGUCGGCUGGCACCAAGUCCAGUGCACCGCUGAUGGGUGCCACAAAUGGUGUCAAUGGAAGCGCACCCGCGUCCCCAACUAUCCAGAGCAAUGGACACGUGGACAACGGAACUGGUUCGUACCCCGACUCACCUUGGCCUAGCCCCACUCGCAUCUUAGACUCCGCCGCCUGCGACCAUCCCAGUAGCUCGCUUCACACUAACCCGGGCCACCUGCUGCCCAGCUGCUCGCACACCGCCCUGCUGAGCGGGCGCUCUGGCUCCAGCAAGUCCCUGCCCCUGGGCGACGAACCCAAGAGGCGUCGCUAUAACUACUCCAUCUACUAACCCACUCACUCACUCACUGCCUAGUUGCUAGCUGCUAGAGCUUCUCUGCUUCGCCUGCCGUACUCUGCCUUUCUGGUGUGGAUCGAGUUUGUAAUCGAAUAGCAUGACUAAGACGCACUUCUGUCCACUACACAUUCCGAGCACCUUGUCUCUAACCCUGCACCUGCAUACCCAGCACACCUAAACCCCUAAAACCCAUUCCCAUUCCCAUAGACCCCGAUUGCUUUGUAGAUCGUAAGGCUCAUCGACUUGGAACCGCUGUAAAUAAAUGCCAGCUUAUGUCGCAUACUACUCGCUGAGUGUUUCGGAGUCAUCGCAUGGGCAGGCUCGAAUCGUUCCACCAGAAAAUCCGCUCAACUGUAUUAUCCUGUACAUCUUUCAGGGAAACUCGCCGUGACCAACGGAUCGGCGUCGUAGGGAGACAAACCGUCGUCGCACUAACUCAAAAA